AUGAUAGAGCACAUUUUGCUUUAUUCUAACAAAGUGGGUUGCUUUGCCUUCAUUCCGCCGGAGGUUAACUUCAAAGCCUAUGCAAAAGAAAUCAUGAGUCACUUUGACUUCUCUAUCCCUAUUGGAAUCAAGAUGGAUUGGGUUUGCACACCAUACACAGGACGUGCUAAAUUCAACGAACGGUCCCCCGGUGUAACAAGUCCUCAUGGGUACGCUCACAAGAUUCAUGCCAAAAGAGUGGACCUAGAAUUAAGAAGCCUUCUUAAUCCAUCCACAGCAAAGCCAGACUUCCCCUUCGCUGCUCCGGCUACAUUUAUUAGUGAUUGGAAGUCUGCUCAACAGGGAUUGAUCAGUGUGAAGGCCUACGGUCCGGUCAAGGAUGCUACCCUCACCCUUAUUAGCAAACUACAUGAUUACUACAUCCUGACAGAGGUCCUGUAUUCGGUCAUGGAUCUUCCUGGGAUGUUCAAGUUCGCAACGACUACUAUGUUUGGCUCAUGCACCUUGUUUAAGCUUCUCCUGUUGAUCAAGGCAACCCCAGCUCAAGCGGACAAAGCUUCUCAUGCCCACCAAUCAAUUAUUGAGGCUGAUGACUCAGACGAUGACUCCGACAAUGACUCUUCUGACGACGAUCCCAAUGAAUUCUCUGGCUCUAAAGGCGGUCAAUUCACAGAAGUUCGGUCUAAGAAGGCGGCAACAAAGGUGAAAAAGAAGGCAAAGAAGAAGAAGAAGUUUAUCACUGAUAAUGAGAAUCCGUUCCUUAACAAUCUCUCCCCAGCCCAACGGAAAAUGGCUGAAGUUGCUGACCGUAAGCUGAAGAAUGAUCAGGUGCGUCACAAGUCCGGUCCGCUGUUCUUGAUGGUUCUACCAGGCGAGAUGGAGGGCACCUACAUCCUGGUGUGUCGCAAGAAGUUUGGACAAUUGGCUUGUAACGUCUUGAAGGGCUUGGUCCCUUUUCUGACUCAUCACCUGUAUGAGCCAACUCUGACAAAAACCGAUCAAGCCCUCCGUAAAUGGGUGCCGCAAUCAGAGAUCAGUAUGGCUCAAUGUAAGAACCUCAAAUGGUGCACAAACCCACUUUGUGCUGUGGAGGCUACCGCCUCGCCAGACGCGGUUGAGGAAGCAUUGGAAUUCCUGGAUGAUGUGAUGGAAGACGCAACGGAUGUCUAUGAUGGUCAACUUUCGAUCGAUUUGGAUAUGGCUAACAAUUUAACAAAGACAUUGAUGAUGGGAAGACCGUGA